GAUAACCCCUAAAAUGUGGCGGUAAGGGGGUUAGCCUUGUGAACUACAUUACCCAUGUUGCAUUGCGAACUUAUUGACGAGUGGAACUGAUGGAAGAAAAAAAAAAACACAUCAGAGCCAUACUGGAGAUUCCACCAGCUGCGACAAACAAAAUGGCUCAUAACAGCACUUCUCACGUAGCAAGCUCACAGAAAGCGUUAAUGCUUGAAAUGAAAAGCCUUCAAGAAGAGCCAGUGGAGGGUUUUAAAAUUACCCUGGUGGACGAAGCAGACCUCUAUAACUGGGAAGUGGCCAUUUUUGGACCUCCUAAUACACUAUACGAAGGGGGUUACUUUAAGGCACGUAUCAAGUUCCCCAUCGACUACCCCUAUUCCCCCCCAGCCUUCAGAUUCCUCACGAAAAUGUGGCACCCUAACAUUUAUGAGAACGGGGACGUGUGUAUCUCUAUCCUCCACCCUCCUGUAGAUGACCCACAGAGCGGAGAGCUGCCCUCAGAGAGGUGGAAUCCAACGCAGAACGUCAGAACCAUCCUGCUGAGCGUCAUAUCCCUGUUGAACGAGCCCAACACUUUUUCUCCCGCUAACGUGGACGCCUCUGUGAUGUACCGCAAGUGGAGGGACAGCAAAGCAAAGGACAGAGAGUACGCAGAGAUUAUCCGAAAGCAGGUUUUGGCCACUAAAGCAGAGGCAGAGCGAGAUGGUGUUAAAGUUCCCACCACACUGGCUGAGUACUGUGUGCGCACACGUGCCCCCGCCACAGACGAGGGCUCUGACUUGUUUUAUGACGAUUACUAUGAUGACGAGGACUUGGAGGACAAUAAUGAUGAGGACUGUUGCUAUGACGAAGAUGACUCAGGAAACGAGGAAUCGUGACCCUGCUCUCUCCAUCAUUAUCCUCAUCAUCACCGUCAUCUGUACCCUGAAACGUUGAAAAGCUGUCGCAUGCACCUUGUAUUCACUUUUCUUUUGAAAAUCCUAUAAAAUAUAUUUUUAGGUUCUUUUUUUUCUAGUCGGAAAAUGUAAGCAUUUUGUUUUCUCGCUGGUCUUCGUUGAAUUGCCUUUUCCUUUUGUUACCUCUUUUCAUGUAUCUUAACCCCUUCUUUUUACCAUUUUUUUGCGCUAUAGAAAUCCAAACAUUUCCGCUUUGUCAUAAAGCUAAAUAAUAGAACAACUAUGAGUGGGUGAAAAGGAGAUUUUUUUUUCUUUUCCCUUACUUUUUUUUUUGCGCUGUAUUGUGCAUGUUGGCAUUGUGGCAUAUUUUUUAAUUGCACAGUGCUGCUCCCUUUAUCCACCAUUAGUUUUUUUUUCCUGAAAGAUCUCUAAUUAAGAAUCAUCUACAAGUCCAACCAGUUCAGCAAUAAAAUGCAUUUUGCAUACUUACGUGCUCUAGAGGCAAGACGUGGGAGCUGAAUAUAACAGAAUUGUCUUUUAUCUUGACAAUCGUGUUAGAUGACUGUUUUCCUGAUCUAACGCAUCUGAUAUUAUGCUCUAAUGUGCUCGAACAGGAAAAACACAACUGUGUGUUGAUCUACAUCUGCUUUGAAUGCUUGUAGAGAUAUUGAUCAAUGUUAAGGGAAUGAGUAAUGUUUUGCUUUGAGGGAGAAACACUUGAUGUGUGCCCUGCAGGGGACUAAACCCCUACUACCACUAUGUGAGAUUCUGUGCAUUAUUUUAAGAUGGUGGUGCUUUAACCUCAAAUCAUAAUCACGUAUUCCCUGAUGUAUUUGUGAUAGUAUGCAUUUGAUCAACAAGGAUGUGGAUCAUGCUGUUAAAAUGGUAGAGGAGGUUUUUUUUUUGUGUUCUUCCCUCUUGUUGAGCUGAAAUGUUUUUGUGAUGCCAAUAUUGUAUCGCUCCCUCACAAAUUACAUUUAAUCUGUAACUAGGUUUUUAUUAAUAGAGAAUGUAUUUUUUUUUCUAAGACAGCAGUGUAAAUUCCUUAAUUUGGGGCUAUAAGGUGAUUUUUUUUUUUCCUGGACUUCUGAAUGGUCAUGUGUUUUGAUUUUGAAAUUCUUUUUCAGUAAAAUGAUAUUCCUGUCAGCAUUAAUUUAAUCUCAUGCCUUUUGAGCAUUUGCAAGGUGGAGAGGGCUUUUAACUACAUCAGCAUUGACCAAUUGAAUUAAUUCAACGUGAGCUCAUUUUAAUUGACUCUCAGGAUAAAGCAAACAGGAAAAAGAAUCCCACAGCACCACCAACCUUCUUGUGAACAUGCAGUUUAACCAGUCUGUCAAUUCUGUUUUUGAAGGCGGUUUACAAUCUUAAACCUUGAUGCUGAUGUGCACAUGUGAGUAUGUGGCUGAUCAUUUUACUGACCUGUAUGUAUUUUUAUGGUUUGUUGGCCUAUUUAAAACUGAAAAAUAAAAAUCUUUAUUAGAAUAA